AUGAGACUGGUUGGCGGUAUUUAUACAGUAUUACGUAGUAAGGCACCGAUAAGUACCGAAGAAUACGGAGAUCAAUACUGCAUGUUAGGCCCAUUACGUGAAGGAAAAUGGCAAUUGGAAGUGGAACAAAUUGCACCUGAAAGUCAACAUAUUGCAAGCGCUGUUCACAAAUUGAAAGAAGGUGGUUUCAAGACAGUUUAUGGACGAUGGCUAAUUGAUGGUUAUCCAAAAGUGGUACUAUUUGAUUUGGGUUCUGGAUCCAGAAAAAUGAACGAUUGGAAGCAGGAAAUUUAUGAGCGGUGUCAAAUUGGUGUACCACAUGAGGAUAUAGGAUCAAACGAUACAAUAAUUUUUGGCUUUAUGGUUGCAAUGUUCCUGAAACAUUUUAUGGAUUCAUACAAGAAUUCCGGUUAUCAUAGUUUGGUUGUUGCACAUUUCCAUGAAUGGCAAGCUAGUGUUGGAUUGAUUAAUGCGAAACUUUGGAAUCUUGAUGUUGCUUUAAUAUAUACCACUCAUGCAACAUUGCUAGGACGACAUUUAGCAGCGGGUGGUAGUGAUCUUUACAACAAUCUUAAUCGAUUCAAUUUGGAUGAGGAAGCUGGAAAACGAAAGAUAAUUUUUAGAGAUUAUUUUUUAUUGAUAAAUCUCGAUAAUGAUAUCAUCAUUGCCAUUUAUCAUCAAUAUUGCAUGGAACGAGCAGCAUGUCGUAUGGCACAUGUUUUUACAACAGUUAGUGAAAUAACAAGCAUUGAAGCGGAACAUUUAAUUCAACAAAAGCCGGAUAUCGUAACACCAAAUGGUCUCAAUGUUGUGAAAUUUGCCGCUUUGCAUGAAUUUCAGGACCAGUUAUAG